GCAGAUGUUAAACAUCAUAGCGACAAAAUGCGAAUUUUGCAGUCGGAGCGGAUUUGACAGCCCUACUUUUUGGUUGAAAACUAUUUUUAUACAGGAAUGAAUUAGAAAGCCUGGAGUCCUGCCUAACUUCACAAUGCGACGCUUGAAUCUUCUCUCCAUGCUGAUCCUUUGUGUCCUCUUGGCUGGAGCUCAGGGAGACAGUGAAGAAUUUGACCCCUACAAGGUCCUGGGCGUGACCAAAAGUGCAAGUCAGGCUGAGAUCAAGAAGGUGUAUAAACGCCUUGCUAAAGAAUGGCAUCCGGACAAAAACAAGAACCCAGAAGCAGAAGACAUGUUUAUAAAAAUCACCAAAUCCUACGAGAUCUUAUCCAAUGAAGAAAAAAGAGCCAAUUACGAUCGCUUCAAGCAGACCAGCUCCCAGCCCUACGGGCCUCAUGGCUUCCGUCACUUCCACGACAACUUCUACUUCGACGAGUCCUUCUUCAACUUUCCCUUUAACAGCAAGAGCAGCCGUGAUGCGGCUGACAGCAAGUACACACUGCACUACAACCAGUAUGUCAACAAAGUUGUGUCUGACAGUUUCAAAAGGCCGUAUCUGAUUAAGAUCACAUCAGACUGGUGCUUCAGUUGCGUCCACAUGGAUCCAGUGUGGAGGGAGGCUGUGCAGGAGCUCGAGCUUCUCGGUAUAGGAAUAGGCGUGGUUGACGUCGGCUACGAGAGACGCUUGGCGAAUCAUUUAGGUGCUCACCGCACUCCGUCCAUACUCGGUGUCAUCAACGGAAAAGUCACUUUCUUUAACUAUGCUCUGGCCAAGGAGCACCUCAUGCAGUUUGUAGAUGACCUGCUCCCUCAGAGACUGGUCGAGAAGGUCACUGACCGUAAUGACCGUGACUUCUUGAAGAGCUGGUAUGAUGUUAACAAGCCCCACGUUCUGCUUUUUGACCAAGUGCCUACGGUUCCUCUGUUGUACAAGCUAACUGCGUUUGCCUAUAAGGACUAUGUACAGUUUGGCUACGUCGACCAGGGUCUGUCUGAGACAGCAAACCUGCUCAAGCAGUACAACAUCAACACUUAUGCCCCAACCAUGCUCGUCUUCAAGGAGAACACAGAUAAACCAGCCGACAUCAUACAGGCUAAAGGGAUGAAAAAACAAAUAAUCGAUGAAUUCAUCUCCAACAACAAAUUUCUUCUUGCCCCUCGUCUGGUAAACCAGAAGAUCUUUGAUGAGCUUUGCCCCGUCAAGCAGUUUCACCGGCGCAGAAAAUACUGUGUUCUGCUUAUCACCGGUGAGGAGGAAGCCUUUGUGCCAGGAAACAAAGCCUUCUUGUCUCUGGCCUCCGCGAACACAGAGGAGGUUCUCCGCUUUGCUUAUGUGUACCAGCGCCAGCAGCAGCCUCUGUGUUCUGUGCUGCUGAAAAGCAGAGACACUCCACCACAGGUUGUAAUCCUAGAGAGGCGAAACGGGGCCGGAAAGGUGCUCUACAAGCCUGUUCAGGGUGGCUGGAACGGCAGUGAGGAGGACAAACACAGGCUUCUGGAGGAACUGGAGCGGCUGAGGAAAGACCCCUCUAUCCUUACCCAUGAUGCCAUGUUGCCUGAGCUGAAUAAUGAGUUUGCUUCAAUGUUCUUAAUCAGAUGGAUUUAUGCAGCAUAUGACUACUUGUCUGAAAUUAUUGAUGAUGUUCUCCACAAUAAUUGGCGUGAAAUGAUGCCUCUCUUGUCUCUGAUAUUCUCUGCGCUGUUCAUCCUGUUCGGCACGGUAAUUAUUCAGGCUUUCAGUGAUUCUGGUGAGGAGAAACAGACCAAACCAAAGGCCAAAGAAGCAGCGAAAACCCAGAACGGAUCACCAAGCACUGCCAGCACUUCCAGCCGUCCACCAAAGAAGAACUUCGUGGAGGUGACCGAGUUAACGGACAUCACCUACACCAGCAAUCUGGUAAAGCUAAGACCAGGCCAUAUCAACGUGGUGCUGGUGCUUACAGACGCAACUAAAAACAUUCUCCUCAGCAAGUUCGCCAAGGAGGUUUAUUCCUUUACUGGGAGCCAGACGCUGCAUUUCUCCUUCCUUAACGUGGACAAGCACAAUGAGUGGAUGUCCACCCUGCUGGAAUACGCCCAGGACGCCAUGCAGCUGGAGGCGGACGAGGAGGAGGAGGCCGGCAACCGCAAGACGGACUACACAGGCUACGUGCUGGCCCUCAAUGGCCAUAAGAAGUACUUGUGCCUGUUCAAGCCGGUGUACACGGGCGAGGACGCUAACAGCCGGCCGGAGGAGGAAGCUCCUGGGAGCUCCAGAUCCAGGUCAAGCUCCAGAGACGAGCACCAGCACAGGAAAGGAGGAGCACGCUCACGCUCCACCACUCUUCACAUUCACCACAAACUGGACCGUCUGGGUCUGUGGAUGGAGCGGCUCAUGGAGGGCACGCUACCUCGCUACUACAUCCCGGCCUGGCCGGGCCUGGACAAGAUCACGGUCAAUAAGUAGAGCAGGGAAUCCUAGCAAGAUGUUAAGCAUAGACCGUGUUGGUUGUUUGAAAAGAGUGUUUCAUCGUUCAUAAUGCUGUGUCUAAGGGUGGCACCGUAGACAGACUUCGUGACCUCUGAGCUCAGACUUUGAUCUUACACAGAUGCUGUAAAUGACCCGAGUCUAAUAGUAGCUCCGUUUAACCGUGAAGCUGCAACAAAGCUAACUACUGAAUGCUGCUCAAGUAGGGACUUUAACGGUACAAAAAAUAGGGAUGUCCGUUUUAAAAAGACAAAACGGAAAAAUCACUCUAAAUGAGUUGCAUAUCAAUCUUUAAUUAUAACAUGAUAUUCAAUGUGGUCUAAAAAUGAUAUAUUAUACAGUAUAAGUGUUAAUUUAGAAAUAUCACAUGAGAUGAAGUGUUGUUGUACUGAAUAUCAGCAGGGUUGUGAUGCAGUCGUAGGCAUGACAACACAGUCCGAGUACUGAAGAUAUCACAUCUGUGCUGAUGUUCAGUACAACCGCAUGGCCUCAAUUGUGAUAUUGCUUUUAUGUAACAGUUCAACAAACAUCAUUUAUUAUCAACAGAUAAGAAUUUGUUUAUUUAUUUAAAAAGGUAUUUUGCUCCGCCAGCACAUAUCCUUACACAAGUGGUGAAUCUAGUGUUGGGUUGGAAAAUGACAGUUAGUGUAAUUAACAGGGGUAAAAGGAGUUUUUAAUUCUUACCGGUACUGUGUAGAGAAAAGGGGAAUAAAAAGAAAAGUAAACCAUAGUGGUGGUGGACAAUCCUGAGAAACUUACAAAAUUCAGUUGAUAUUCCUAAUUAUUCCACCUAAAAAUAUCAGCUAUGUUAACUUCCAGGUUCUGGGGUUGAAUUCCAAAUAGCGUAAAUGGAAAAGUAGUGCACUAUGUACUGUAGGGUGUACAUUGCCUUAAAUGUGGGUUUUGGUUCAGGCAGCUGCUCUCACCUCUUUCCUCUACUGCAGACCAUACGGACCUACUUUCUCUCAUGCUGCAUCUGAGGAUUGUUAAAACACAUGUAAUGCAGAGAAUACAUAUACUUACGUCUCAAUGCUGUUAUGCUCAAUAUUAGCACUUGUGGAAUGGCUCUCGUCCAAUCAGAUCUCUAGGUUGGAACUAAAUGUUGUAUGAUGUCACUUAAAUACCAGCUGAUCUGGGGCAGUGGGAUUCAGCUCCCUGCCUUCAUCUCUAUGGCGUUUUAGUAUUUUAAUCCAACAAGCUCCCUUCACCUCAUCCAUCUAUACACUCUGCUUAUACAGAUCAGCUUCCGAACCUUCAGCGUCCCCACUAAUACUUCCAUCUUACUUUACUUGUACAGUUACAGUAUUUACAGUUCCCCCUAAUUUUUGGCUCCUGUUAAACACUGUUGUAACUGCGCUAGCAAUAAAAGUGGCAGAAGAAUGGCUAAAGACUUAAAAAAUGGUUUCAGGGUGGAGAUUUCCUUGAGACCCGUAAGUUAAGGUCAUUUUAACCUGUUACAUGUAGCAUGAAAUAAAAAAAAAAAAAAAAAAAAAAAUGGGAAGCUCUCCUUUUACAAUUUUCAUUUAAAAAGCAAGAUUUGAUAAAUAAUAGUUGGUAUUUUACAUAGUUAUAUCAGUAUUAAGAAUAAAUGUAGAUAUAUAGAUUGUGUUGAACAAAAGGACAUAUAAGACAGUGUCGUGUCUGUGCAAUAAGACUACUUUGCCUUGAACAUGUUUAAGCAUGGAAUCUGAUGUAGUCCGUCCAUUAACGUUACACUCUCCUGUGUAUAUCCUGUGCAUCUCUAAGGAAAGGCCGGUCAGGCAAUUACACAUAUUAGUCAGUAAAGCUUUGUUUUAAAUGCUUCACACCAAUGUGGUUGGAUAAAGCAAGGCCAUGCGGAAAUGUGGUUAAGUAGGAGUACAGAUAUUGCAUUACUUUUGAUUGGAGUAAAAGGAAAAAGUAUUUUCUAACAAACCUACUCAAAUAAAGUACAGAUACAUGGAACAUGUACUUAAGUACAGUAGCGUACAAGUACAUAUACUUGGUUACCUCCCGCCUAUUUCAAAUUUUUA